AUGCCCGUAAAGGCGUGGGUGGUUGGCUUCUUGUGGCGGCAUCUGGUGCUCGUUCUUUUCCUUGUUUUUAGCUCGAUUAUCGCAGUGAUUGUCUAUGAAGUGACUGGUGGUGGAAAGCCUAAAGCUUGGACAUACAAUGCUCUACAGCUCAACACGGUAGACCUCGAAGGUUCCGACCGUCCACACACACUAUGGACGGACGACGACUUUGAGUGUAUUGGUUGGCGCGCUACGCAUAAUUGUGACCCAUAUGGACCUAGAGAUUGGAGUCGUGACCGUAAAUGUGGAGAGCCCUUGCCACGCUCAAGCGGCUUUUGCGAGGUUCGUAACCGAACGAGUGGUAGAGUCUUACGUAUCAUGCUGGCCACAUGUAAGAGCUGGCAAUGGUAUUUAGUACCAACACUCUCGUGUAAUGAUGCACGGCGUUUUACGGACUUUAGUAUUCAAGCAGCUAGUUACCGUCAUCCACCACUUAAGCUUUCACACUUACAGUCUGGACAGAUUGAAGAUAUUGAAGCAAGAGGCAUCGUCAUGAUUGCUUAUCCUAAAGUCGUAGCAGGAACUUAUGCAAUUGUAAGGACACUGCGAUUUCUAGGUUGUGCUUUACCUGUGGAGGUGUGGAUUGACCCGACGGAGAUGACAGCCAAACAUUCAAUUCUUGUUGAAUUGGUCAAGUAUUAUAAUGUAGUAGUAAGAGUUAUUGAAGACCCGAAUGCUUCCAAAUUUCAUGCAAAACCGUACGCAAUAUAUCAUUCCAGAUAUGAAAGUGUGCUGUGGCUUGAUUCAGAUAAUAUUCCUGUACGUGAUCCAACGUAUCUGUUUGAGACGCCAGAAUUUGUCAAGUAUGGAGCAAUGUUUUGGCCAGACUUUUGGAGACCAGCGGUUGAUACGCCAUUUAAUGUGCACCAACAAAGUGCUUUGUGGACGCUGCUUGAUAUGCCAUUUACUGAUAUGUUUGAGCAAGAGAGUGGACAGUUGUUGCUGAAUCGUUCAAGAUCAACAAUGGCGCUAAGUAAGCUUAUGUUCUACUCAUUACAUAUGCCACGACUGAUCACGGAUUGGCGUUUGGUUUGGGGUGACAAGGAUCUCUUCCGACUAGCAUGGCUUAACACAUCAACACCAUUCUAUAUGGUACAGCACCUUGUAGCUCUUGGAGGAUUAUAUCAAGAGGAUGAAAAAUUCUUUUGUGGUGUAUCGAUGAUUCAGCGUGAUCCACAAGGCGAUAUCAUUUUCAUGCAUCGUAAUCAAGCCAAACUUACUGGACGACGUGAUCAAAAGCCACUUAUUAAUUAUCUUCAGAAAUUCACGGGCGGUGAUGGCACCUUGGCAUCUCUUGCACGCGAUUUGGAUAAGUAUCGAGUGCAGUGCAAAAUGCGUCGAUUAGGACAGUACACAUGCUUUAUGCUAAAUCCUCGUGCACCUGAUGGUAGUGUCACACCAUCGCUAACACUUAGUCUUGAGAACACAAAGUAUUUAUCGAUAGAGCAGCAUGCUAUUGGCUUUUCUAUAGAAGGUCGUGGGCUUUUUAACAAGGAAGAAGAAGCUGAAGUUGCAAAGAUUGAAGAGGAUGAGCAAGCAAAGCAGGACGCAGAAGCGACUGCAAUUAUUCAAACAAGUAAACGAACUGAAAGACUGACGCGGGGAUACAUCAUAAUAACUCUUGCCGUUUCAAUUGCGAUUUGGCUACGAUGGCAAUGGCUUCAGAAGACAAAAAAUCUGUCAGUGACAUCUGUCGAAGAGACUUCAUUGCACGUCGCGCUGGCAGUAGAUCCUCCUCUUUCUCAACAAUCUUCUGGAUCAUCGACAGCAUUAUUCACAGGUACUACCCAAAAUUCCAGACGACGUAAUUCGUCUUUCCAACUUGACAAUUAA